GUUGAAACUGAAAAUACUACAUUAUGCUAAUCGCGGCCGGGCCCGCGCGCACGGGGGUGGGGCCCGCGCGUAUAAAGGGGGCGCAGGCGGGCUGGGCGUUCCACAGGCCAAGUGCGCUGUGCUCGAGGGGUGCCGGCCAGGCCUGAGCGAGCGAGCUAGCCAGCAGGCAUCAAGGGGGCGCGGCUGCCGGCCGGACCAGACAGGCGAACCCGACGCAGGAGAGUCCACCACCGGACAGCCAGGUAGCCGCCGCGUCCCUCGCACACGCAGAGUCGGGCGGCGCGGGGUCUCCCUUGCGCCCGGCCUCCGCCCUCUCCUCCUCUCCUUUCCCCUUCCCGCUUCUUCUCGCUGUCCUCUCCUCUCUCGCUGCCCGCGUUCGCGCAGCCCCGGGCCAUGUCCGACGCGUCCCUCCGCAGCACAUCCACGAUGGAGCGUCUUGUCGCCCGUGGGACCUUCCCAGUACUUGUGCGCACCAGCGCCUGCCGCAGCCUCUUCGGGCCGGUGGACCACGAGGAGCUGAGCCGCGAGCUGCAGGCCCGCCUGGCCGAGCUGAACGCCGAGGACCAGAACCGCUGGGAUUACGACUUCCAGCAGGACAUGCCGCUGCGGGGCCCUGGACGCCUGCAGUGGACCGAAGUGGACAGCGACUCGGUGCCCGCGUUCUACCGCGAGACGGUGCAGAUUUCUUCGCCAAGCGCAAGAGAUCAGCGCCUGAGAAGUCGUCGGGCGAUGUCCCCGCGCCGUGUCCCUCUCCAAGCGCCGCCCCCGGCGUGGGCUCGGUGGAGCAGACCCCGCGCAAGAGGCUGCGGUGAGCCAAAGCCCAAAGAGCCCCGAGGGAACCUGCCGGGGCAGCGGACGUUGGAAGGGCGCUGGGCCUCGGCUGGGACCGUUCAUGUAGCAGCAACCGGCGGCGGCUGCCGCAGAGCAGCGUUCGGUUUUGUUUUUAAAUUUUGAAAACUGUGCAAUGUAUUAAUAACGUCUUUUUAUAUCUAAAUGUAUUCUGCACGAGAAGGUACACUGGUCCCAAGGUGUAAAGCUUUAAGAGUCAUUUAUAUAAAAUGUUUAAUCUCUGCUGAAACUCAGUGCAAAAAAAAGAAAAAAGAAAAAAAAAAGGAAAAAAUAAAAAAACCAUGUAUAUUUGUACAAAAAGUUUUUAAAGUUAUACUAACUUAUAUUUUCUAUUUAUGUCCAGGCGUGGACCGCUCUGCCACGCACUAGCUCGGUUAUUGGUUAUGCCAAAGGCACUAUCCAUCUCCCACAUCUGGUUAUUGACAAGUGUAACUUUAUUUUCAUCGCGGACUCUGGGGAAGGGGGUCACUCACAAGCUGUAGCUGCCAUACAUGCCCAUCUAGCUUGCAGUCUCUUCGCGCUUUCGCUGUCUCUCUUAUUAUUACUGUGUUUAUCUUAAACUUGAAGACAAAUCUGUUAAAAUGGUUCCUGAGCCGUCUGUACCACUGCCCCGGCCCCUCGUCCGCCGGGUUCUAAAUAAAGAGGCCGAAAAAU